AUGUAUGUUUAUACAUUGAUACCUCAGACCCGACUUAUUAAAAUUACAGAAAUGAUUUCUAAAUUCAUCGAUACCCUUUUUGUGAUGUUCCAAAUCAAUUCUGAUGUUGGCUACAAAUUUUUUGAAUGGCUUCAUGAAAGCACAUCAACGAAUCGCAAACUGUUUGGAUUAUCUACAUCAAAAUUCAUUCAAGCUUUAUCAGCCCAAAACUUAUUAUUACUUGCUAAAAAUUUUUCACAAUUGGAAAGAUUAACAAUUUCAUGUAAUUUUCAAUGUGUUUCUGAAAGCAAAGUCGAGUUUUCAAGCAAACUCAAGCGAUUGAAAUUGAUAGGAUAUUUGAAAUUACCUCAAGCCCAACAACUUUUCACAAUUUUAUUCCCUUCUGUCACAAAAGUGUGCUUUAAAGAUACACAAAUUGAUAAAAGUUGUCGCUGUUUCUUACACAGUCACGAAAGCUUUCAAGAAACUCGACCUACAAACAUCGACGAUUUAUUUACUGUUACCUAG